AUGUUCAUGAUCGCCAUUGCUCGCUGCUGCCCGGAGUCUGUUGACAGUACUAUUGACAGUGGUAUAACGUCUUACACUUACUGUUCUUUUUGGCAGGUGGAAGCAGCCACCAUUAUCGUCCUCGAGUACUCUACGUUUCUCCCGUACAAGUCGAAGGGCUCGGAGCUCGUGGAGUCUGCCGUGGACUACUACCUGAAAUCCCCCAUGGUUGUCACAGUAGCGAAAGUAGCGAAAGAGAUUUGUCGUCAAGACCACCAUGGAGAGGAACUGGGAAAGAAGAUUCUCGAGUUCAUCCUUGAAAAUCGCUUGUGUUCCACCGUCAUCCCCAAAGUGUCAUUCUACACCUUUGAACACCCUGCUGCCUCCAUGUUCUCACUCACCCUGUAUGUGCAAUCAGAUGAAACAGAGCGACGGAAGUAUUCCUUUGUGCAUCCUGUACGAAAGCUGGUGCCAGGCCCUGGACUAGCCAUUGAAAAGCUUGGUGCAAGACAGUGA